UCGCUGCAGCUGCCGCAGCCGCCAUCGCCGCCGCGAUGCCGAAAGGAGGUAGAAAAGGAGGCCACAAAGGCCGAGCAAGACAGUACACAAGUCCGGAAGAGAUUGAUGCCCAGCUCCAAGCAGAAAAGCAAAAGGCAAGGGAAGAAGAGGAGCAAGAAGAAGGAGGCGAAGGAGCGACAGGGGACCCCAAAAAGGAGAAAAAGUCUUUAGAUUCAGAUGAGAGUGAUGAAGAUGACGAGGAUUAUCAGCAAAAGCGCAAAGGAGUGGAAGGGUUGAUAGACAUAGAGAAUCCCAAUCGUGUAAUUCAGACAACCAAAAAAGUAACUCAGCUGGACCUGGACGGACCUAAGGAACUCUCGCGACGAGAGCGAGAGGAAAUAGAGAAACAAAAGGCAAAAGAAAGAUACAUGAAAAUGCACCUAGCUGGCAAAACAGAACAAGCGAAGGCAGAUCUCGCCCGACUAGCCAUCAUUCGGAAGCAAAGGGAAGAAGCUGCCAGAAAGAAAGAAGAAGAAAGAAAAGCAAAAGACGAAGCGGCCAUGGCAGGUAAAAGACUGCAGUCACUAUCCCUUAACAAGUAAGCACAGGACAUGCAAGAGGAGGAAACGCCAGGGAACUGUGCCUGGUGCCUGCCGGGAACUCUGUUGUGUUGCAUACCAUCGAUGCCACGUAGGGUGUACUGCGUCAUCGAAGUCACCUUCACCUCCAAGAGACACUGACGACGUGUUUGUCUUCAUCCUGGCACAGAUUUCCAUUUGGGGUUAGGGGCAGCUGCUAUCUUCGGGGCAGAACUGUGCUGAACAGCAAUUCUCUGUAACAGUUUGGAAACCUGAAUGUUUUUGCUGUUUUUAGGAUUAAGAACUCAU